AUGCUGCUGAGCGGAACGGCGCGUCACGCAUUGAAGUCGGGUGUCCGCGGGGCUUCUACCGCCAGUCGGCAGAACAUCGUUCUCAUCGAUGCGGUCCGAACGCCGUUUGUCGUUUCUGGAACGGUCUUCAAGGAUCUGAUGGCUGUCGAUCUCCAGAAAGAAGCUAUCAAAGGUGCCAUAGAAUUCCGUGGCUUUAGAAAAGGUUUUUAUUUUCAGCUUUGGUAGCAAAGACUCAAAUUCCGUACAACAAGAUCGACCACAUCAUCUGCGGAACCGUCAUUCAGGAGUGCAAAACUAGCAACAUCGCUCGUGAAGCUGCACUGAUGGCCGGUGUCCCAGACAAGGUCUGAAAGUUUCUCCUCUUGUCUUCGCUCUAGACGUGUUACUAAGGUUUCUAUUUCGAUAGUUUCUUGAUUGAAAUUAGCUUAGCCCAAAUCAAAAUGUAUAUGAUAGGUUUAGUAUUUCAGCAGCUCAUGUGCUUAAAACAGAGCUCUUCCGGCUCUCAAGAACAUAUUUUCCGUUCGAAGUUUGAUAUUUCAGAUCCCAGCUCACACAGUGACGCUAGCUUGUAUUUCCUCGAAUGUGGCUAUAACUACGGGUAUGGGAAUGAUCGCGACCGGAAACGCCGACGCGAUCAUCGCCGGAGGCGUCGAACUUCUUUCAGACGUUCCUAUUCGCUACAACAGAAAGGUUCUUUUUUCUUCUUUUCCUAAUUGUUUUUUAUUUUUGUAUCCAGGCAAGAAAAGCUAUGCUCGGUCUGCAAAAAGCUAAGGACGUUGGCUCGAAGGUCAAGAUUGGUUGGUUAAUUUAUUUUAUUUUUGAAGUUGGUCCUCGCCUAUCUUAAAACUACUUUCGACUAUUUUCUUUGAAACGUUUUUUUUGUUUUUUUUAUAGAAAAUUUUGAGGCCCUAUGAAAAGAGGAUAAAGGGACAUUUUCUAGGCACGGAAAUCGUGAAGAACCUUUUGGCGCCAGAACUUCCCGCGGUCGCCGAAUUCUCAACGGGUGAAACUAUGGGCCACAGCGGCGAUCGUUUGGCCGCCGCUUUCAACGUCUCCAGAAAGUGAGGAGUUUUUUUUUGUUUGAAUUUUUAAUUGGAAAAAAAUUUGAAAGUUAGAGGUCGUGAAGGAAAUUCAAAAAAGCGUGUGGCGUUAAUGUAAUUGAUAAAAAUCCACUAUAUUGCGCCGUUGAAGAUGGAAAAAGAAGUCAAGUUAUUCUUGUAUCAACAUUCCAAAAUUAUUUGAUUUCAGGGAACAAGACGAGUUCGCCAUCCGGUCACACACUCUGGCCCGAGACGCCGCCGCUGCAGGAAAAUUCACCGAUGUCGUUCCAGUUUUCUUGGGUGGCAAAAAACCUGUCACGAUCAAGGUACGUCAAUCUGUUCUACAUCAAAAGUUUGAAAGUGGAAGUUUUGUUUUCCCACGUUUCCUAAUGAGUUAUUUUAAUAAAUCUUCGAAAUUUUAAGGACCAUGAAAAUUGGCUCAUAUGGCACUGAAUCAAUUAUUGCUUCGAAUUUCUUCUUUUUUUUCUUUUUUUAGAUUUUGACUGAAUUCUUUAAAGUUAGAUUUCAGUACUUUCAUGAUUUGUUUUUUAAUUCCUCGGUUGGCUUAUUCAAAGCGUCAAAAAAUUUCCUGCUCCGUAAGCUGAAAUCUGAGCUGUUCCUUUUUCCAAAGAAAUCAUCAAUGAUAAUUUAUGAAAUUUAAGUAUUAAUCUUAUUGUUAUAUUGUUUGAAUUAAAAAUUGAUUUGAAGGAAGAUAAUGGAAUCCGCGUUUCCACGUAUGAAAAGCUCUCAGGAUUGAAGCCUGCCUUCGUGAAACCCCACGGAACUGUCACUGCAGGUUUUUUUUUGGAAAUUUAAUUCUCAUUCUUCAAUUUACUGGAGAAGAUAGAAAAAAAAACUCGAACUGCCGCAGAUCUGUGUUUUGAAGAAAACAAAAUUUUGAAUUUCAUGUUGUGAGCUUUUUCAUUUUCAACUUCAAAGUUUAAGAUUUUAACCUUUAUUUCAAAUUUUAAAUUACUUUCAAUCAACCGUCAGUAAAAGUAUUAUCUAAGGAGUAUAUUACGAAAAGUGGAAGUUUGAUUAGAUUUCAACAAUGAGAAUUCCUUUUUUUAUUGCGAAAAUAAUACGGAAAAAAGUCGAUAAUUUCACAUUCAAACUGUAGAAUCACGCGAAUUCGAAUUCAUUUAAAUUUGUUCCUUCUUUUCUCUUUGAUGAAUAAGUAAUCAAUGAGUCUCAGGAAACGCGUCUUACCUGACAGACGGCGCCUCGGCUUGCCUCAUCGCAACAGAAGAAUUCGCUCUGGCCAACGGAUACAAGCCGAAGGCUUACCUGCGGGACUUCAUGUAUGUUGCUCAGGUAUAUCUGCUCAAAUAUUCCCACUUGAUAUUCAAAAUUCCUUUCAGGAUCCGAAAGAUGAGUUGCUUCUCUCCCCAGCUUACGUCAUUCCCAAGCUCCUUGACAAGGUUCCAACUUUUCUUUUUGAAAAUUCAUUCUUCUUUCAACUUCCAGGCUGGUUUGAAACUCAAAGACAUCGAUGUUUUUGAAAUUCACGAGGCUUUUGCCGGCCAGGUUCUCGCCAAUCUCAACGCCUUGGAUAGCGACUACUUCUGCAAGGUUUUGUUAUUCAAAACUUCAUAUAUUCACCAAAAAGUUUUGAAAAAAAACUUGUUUAUUUUUUUAAGUUUUAUUUUUUUGACUUAUUUCAAACGUUGAGGUAUUCUUUAAAAAGGAAAACUAUUUUUCAUAAACUUUGAAUUCUAUCAUUAUUCUGUUAACUUCAAUCAUAAUACUACUGUCGUGGGACUGAAUGAUUUUUACGGCUUGGAAUGAAACACGUGGAUAUAUUGAAAAAGCUCAUCUUAUUUGUAAUUUCUCUGUAAGUUUCUUGAAAGUUCUUUAUAAAAAGUGAAAAAUCAAUAGCUUUGCGAAGAUAAUAAACCCUUUUUUUCACAGUUUUUAAUUCCAGGAAAAAAUGGGUCGUUCGGGUAAAUUUGGCCGCGUGCCAAUAGACAAGCUGAACCUUUGGGGCGGCUCUUUGUCGAUCGGACAUCCUUUUGGAGCCACCGGAGUCCGACUCGCCGCUCAUUCUGCUCACCGCCUCCAGGUCUAUUUCUAUUAUAUUCUUAUCGAGAAAAUAAAAUUAAUUUCAGGAGGAAAAGGGCAAAUACGCUUUGAUAGCCGCGUGUGCUGCCGGCGGCCACGGCGUUGGAAUGCUCAUCGAGGCCUACGGGAAAUGA